GUCUGUCACGUACAGCCCAAUGACAGUCCACACUCCUUACCGGUAGGUGGCGGAAAUGGACCAUUCCGUUGUUUGCCAACUGCCAAAUAACCCGAGAAGAAGAAAAAGGACAAUCCCACGUCCAGAGCAGCGAGGAGGGACAAACGCGCUUCACUCAAUCUUCCUGAAUUGGUACCGAACGUGUCAAGUACGCCUCGACGCAGGACGUCUAUUACUACUUCGCCGGACUAAAACGUCAUUCGUGGACUCUUCGUGUCCGGUUGAACUCAUGAACUCGUCUCGGUGCACAUGGACAUUUCUCGGCCUAGCUUACCUUAGCUUAGCUUAGCUUGCUAAAAUAUAGAGACGCGUUCGUGAUCAGCACAUCGCCGAGCAGAGAUCAAGUGCGAAUGCAAAUUGCUGUGAUUGCCGUGUGAAAAUGUGUGCAAGGAGGACAGCAGAGUACGAGGAGGAGCUCCGGGGACCAGAAGAGCCACAAAGUCAACGACUGGACCCUGUUCGCAAGCGGCAACCUCGCAUGGUGUCACGCAGAGGAGGCCACAGUAAACAUCUUGGUCCUGAGCGAUGGGAGCAAGAGCCCCAUCACAUUAAAGAGGAAGAGGAGAAUGAAAGGUUCUACCACAUGAAAGAGGAAGUGGAGCUGCAGUCCUCUUACAUUAAAAAAGAGGAGGAGGAAGAGGAUAUUACCAAGUUGCCAACGACUGGUGUCCUUUUGAAGAGUGAAGAUGAAGAUGGUGCAAGUGAGGACAACGCAGGGGUGGAGCCUCCAAGCAGCAGCUCAAGUCAACACAUGAAAACAGAAGGUGAUGGAGACCACUGUGAAGGGUCACACGCAGAUGGCCUGCUAGCUCCACUUUCAGAUAGUGAUUACACAACAUCACACACUUCUGACUAUGAUGAUGAAGGUCAUAAGGCAGGUCACACUGAUAAGAAAGACUGGAAAUGUUCACAGUGUGGGAAAGCUUUUGCUUACAAGAGCAUUUUAAAACGACACAUGAGCGCACACACUGGGGAGAAGCCUUUUUCCUGCUCAAUUUGCGGUCAAAGAUUCUCUCAGAAGGGAUUCGUAACAAGACACAAAAGAACCCACACUGGGGAGAAACCUUUUGCCUGCUCAGUUUGUGGUCAAACAUUUUCUGAGAAUGGAAGCUUAAGAAGACACACAAGAACACACACUGGUGAGAAACCUUUCACCUGCUUAGUUUGCGGUCAAACAUUUUCUGAGAGUGGAAGCUUAAGAAGGCACACAAAAACUCAUACUGGAGAAAAACCGUUUGCCUGCUCAGUUUGUGGUAAAAGAUUCUCUCGAAAGGGACAUUUAGUAUCACACACAAGAACACACACUGGUGAGAAACCUUUUGCCUGCUCAGUUUGUGGCCAAGGAUUCUCUCACAAGGGACACUUAAAAAUGCAUACAAGAACUCACACUGGAGAAAAACAUUUUGCCUGCUCAGUUUGUGACAAAAGAUUCUCUGAGACUGGACUCUUAAGAAGACACACAAGAACCCACACUGGGGUGAAACCUUUCUCCUGCUCAGUUUGUGGUCAAAAAUUCUCUGAGAAUGGAAGCUUAAAAAGACACAUUAGAACCCACACUGGGGAGAAACCGUUCGCCUGCUCAUUUUGUGGUCAAACAUUCUCUGAGAAUGGAAGCUUAAAAAGACACUUGAGAACCCACACUGGGGAGAAACCUUUCGCCUGCUCAGUUUGUGAUCAAACAUUUUCUGAGAAUGAAAAUUUAAGAAGGCACACACGAACGCACACUGGGGAGAAACCGUUUGCUUGCUCAGAUUGCGGUAAGCCAUUCUUUCUGAAGCAACAUGUGAAGAGACACAACUGUGUUGGUGUGAGUAGUAGUGAUCAAUUAAAGUUUCCCCUCUCAUCCGAAGCGGCUUCAUCAGUUCAUGCACCAAGGCUAGAUAAGACACCUCCAGCCCAAUUCAUGUGCGAUGUCUGCGAAGAAAACCAGAACAGUCCAGUUGCGACCGAUCAUCAUUGCCCUGAGAAUGGAAUGAACUGAAUGAAUGACAAUAUGCGCAGGCAUGGAUGCUUAACCUUGAUAUUUGACUUUAAAUCUGCAUUCUUGGUUUCUAUGUACCGUUUUAUGAGAAACAUUUUUGAAAAUUAGCACUUGUGCUGCUUUUUCCAUUAUUUUUGAGAUGUGCAUUUAAAAAAAAGUCAACUAUUGAUGGAAAUAGACCGUGAUUGUAAGAUUGUAAGAGAAAAUUGCAUUUGUGAUCGUGAACCAAAUGGAAACUUAUUUUAUGUAAUGUAGGAUAUAACUCUAUAAAAUUGCACCGUUUAUUGUCGAUGUACUUGUAUUUUCUUUUAUUUUGCUUUGUCUUACUCUGCUUUCCGCUGCCAUGUCAACAUUGCGAAUGAGAAUCUGUUCUCAUUUACCUCAAGUAAAAGUUGAAUAAAAAUAAAUGAAUAAAAUACUGCACAUCUUUUCAAACGGUGACAGUUGUAUUUCGUGGAAGGAUUGUCAAAAAUAAUAGCAAUGCAGAUGACCAUAUUAGGAGUAAGGAAUUAGGAAAGGAAUUUAAAAAGAUGAGCAGUCACCUUAUCGUGGUGGAAGGGUUUGUGUGUCCCAAUGAUCCUAGGAGUUGUCUGUGGCUUCACGCCCCUGGUGGGGUCACCCAUGGCAAACGGGUCCGAGGUGAGGGACCAGACAAAGCACGGCUGAGAGACCCCUAUGAUGAAUCAUAUAAAUGGAUGUAGGUUUCCCUUACCUGAACGCGGGUCACAGGGGCCCCCCUCUGGAGCCAGGCCUCGAAGGCGAGCGCCUGGUGGCCCGGUCGGGCACAGCUAGAAAUGGUAACGUGGAUCCCUCUUCCUAUGGGCUCACUACCUGUGCGAGGGACCAUAGGGGGCAGCGUGAGCUGGGCAGGGACCUUGGCGAUCCGAUCCCCAGCUACAGAAGCUGGCUCUAGAGACGUCGAAUGUCAGGUCUCUAGCAUGGAAGGAGCCCGAGCUGGUGUGUGAGGUUAAGAGGUUCCGACUAGAUAUAGUUGGCUUUGGCUCUGGUACCAGUCCUCUUCAUAGGGGUUUGACUCUCCACUCUGGCGUUGCCUGUGGUGAGAGCCGCCGAGCAGGUGUGGGUAUACUUAUUGCCCACCGACUCG